AUGUUGUAUGGAAGAAAGUGUAGGUCCCCACUUCACUGGGAUGAACUAGGAGAGAGAAAACUACUUGGACCCGAUGCAGUGCAACACACCAAUGAGGCUAUUCAGAAAAUCAGGGCUAGAAUGGUCACAGCUCAAAGCAGACAGAAGUCUUAUGCAGACCUAAAGCGCAAGCAUGUUGAGUUUGAAGUUGGUGAUCAUGUAUUUCUUCGUGUGACUCCAAGGAAAGGAAUCUCGGUGAAGAGGUUUGGCAAGAGGGGAAAGCUAAGUGCCAAAUAUGCCGGACCUUUUGAGAUUUUGGAUAGAGUGGGCAAUGUGGCUUACAGGGUAGCUUUACCACCAUCAUUGUCCAGGGUGCACAAUGUAUUUCAUGUGUCACAACUUCGAAAAUAUGUAUCCGACCCAUCGCAUGUGCUGAGCUACGAGACCUUGGGUUUGCAGGAGGAUUUGUCAUUCAAUGAGCGUCCAGUGAAAAUACUCGAUCGAAAGGACAAAGUUCUAAGGAAUAAGACCAUUUCCUUUGUAAAGGUAUUGUGGAGGAACAGUGUUGUUCAGGAGGCAACCUGGGAAUUAGAGUUUGAUAUGCUGCAGCAGUAUUCCGAGUUGUUUGAAUAA